AUGUCCGACGAUGGCAAUCCCCGUGGAAGCUGGUUCGCCGUAUUAUGUCUACUAGUUUCAUGGUUGAUGUGGACAGGAAUUCUUAAGGGUCUAGGCAUCAUGCUGCCAACUCUUACGGAGCAAUUUACAACCGAGACGUGGCUGACGGGCUGGUUGAUGGUAAUAGUCGGUGACUCCAUCUACCUAACUGGUAUCUUUGCAGCACCACUUGAAUCUAUAUUUGGAACUAGAGCUGUGAUCGUAGCGAGUGGAUUCAUGGUCGGGGGAUCUGUGAUUACUGCCUCCUUCGCAACGAGUAUCGUUCAACUCACCGUAAUACUAGCUCUUGGAUUCGGACCUGGGAUAAGUUUUGCAAACAUAUUGUCCAAAUCGAUGAUUGGUCGUUGUUUCAAUACUAACUAUGCUACGGCCAAUGGUAUUGGACAGAUAGGGAGUCCAUUGGGAUUGAUUCUUAUGGCUCCUUUAGUCCAAUUACUUCUUGAUACCUACGGAUGGCGUGGAGCUAUGCUUUUGCUUGGUGGAAUUAGUUUACAUCUUGUCGUAUGUGGCGCUCUUCUCCGACAACCAUCAACAGAAAAGCAGAACCAAGAGUCAUAUCAACAAGUGCCCUCAUGUGAAGAAACGAAAUCAAAAUUACGAAGAGACAAAGAGUCAACUUCCAGAAUACAGCUUAUGAAAGAAGUUUUAAUGACGAUAAAACGUAGUUUUGGUAUCUCCGUCUGUUUGCAGAAAACUUUCUGGAUACCAACUGUCAUAGCCAUAUCAAACAGAUUGUUACGUACGUUAUGGAAUAGGUGUCUUAAAGUUACGAACUCUCAUGGCAAUAUUACUUACAAUGUGCUCAAUAACUUUAUUGACCGAUCCGUGGGUGAACUCAUACUGGCUAGCGAUAGUGAAUGUGGCAAUUUAUGA